UUUUAAAGCCGCACGUGGCCGAGGCGGCUCGGCUCAGGAGGACACUUCUUUAAACAUAUGCCCGCAGCAGCGCUUUGGAUCACUGCCGCGGGGCCGCCUGGGACAAACUCACGGAUAAUAAACAACAUGCCGUCGUUUCCAUUCAGCCAGCUUGUAGACGUGGAGGACACCAUGUGCCAGCUGUUGAACCUUGACCUCAGGGAUCAGAACAGUGCCCCGAUACCCCUCAGCCUGGCCAUGAAAACGGCCGGCUACAUCGGCCAGCAGUGCAACAGUGCCCAUUUCUCCUCCUCUCCUUCCUCCCUCUCUCAGCAUUCUGAGUUAAUGGACGCCUUCCUGCCUUCCAACCACUGGUGCCAGAAGCCGGACAGCCCCCAGCCUCCAGAGCAGCCCACCUCGAUCCAGUGGGCAAGGUCGCGGUUCUGGGUAGAGCGCUCUCUGAGCAUGGUUGAAACCAGCAGUGCAGGGGGGCCUCUGGGCUGGCCCUACCUGGGUGCCGGCAGGUCCCCUUCUCUAAGCACUAGCCCCACCUUGCCUUCAUCCUCCUCUGCCUCCUCCCUGCUGUCCAUCGCCUCCAACUCAUCUGGCUCGUCGUCUUCGCGCUACAAGACCGAACUGUGCCGCUCCUUUGCCGAGAGUAGCGUGUGCAAAUAUGGCAACAAGUGCCAGUUUGCCCACGGGCUGGAUGAGCUGCGUGACCUCAACAGACAUCCCAAGUACAAAACGGAGCCUUGUCGCACGUUCCACACCAUCGGCUUCUGCCCCUAUGGGAUCCGCUGCCACUUUGUCCACAACAACGAGGACGACCUGGAGCAGCCGCACCCUCGCUCGUCCUCCACGUCCUCCACCCCCUGCGGCCUCUCCCAGCCUGGCUCCUUUCGCUCCGGCCGACCUCCUCUUCUCAGGCAGAGCUUCAGCUUUGCCGGCUUCCCCUCCGCCCCCCACCUGCAGCAAGCCCUCCCCACCCUCCCACCGCCUUCCCUAGGGUCCUUCCUGCGGGCUCCCCCUUCUGCUGCACCUCCCUCCUGUAGCGACAUCACAGAGCUCCUCUCCCACGCCCUACUGGAGAUGGACUCUGCCUUCGAGGCGUCUGCCUCGAAGGCAGAGCAGCACCUCCACCCACAGCAGGCCCCUCCGGUGGGCCCGGCCUCCUCCUCAGACCCCCGUGCCCACUUCCUGCCCUCCCCCGACUCCGGCUGCUCCCUGAACGGGUUCUCCCCGGCCACCUCACCCUCCCUGCGUCAGAGUCCGUGCGUGACAGCGGAGGGGUUUGUGGGCCCCCUGGGCCCGCGCUCCCUCUCCUCCACCUCCCUGUCAGAGCCGGAACACGAAGGCGGCAGCAGCUCGGCCAGCUCCCUCAGCGGCUCCGACGGUGGGGACGCCAACGCCCGGCGCCUGACGGUGUUCAGUCAGCUUUCUGUCCCCGAGGACAUGGCCGAGUAUGUCGUGUAGUGCUUGACCGCACACGGACAAUAAUACAGACUUUUGAUGUCACACCCUCUGUCUUGCCCAACACACUUAUAAGCUCCUUCAGUCCACGUCAUGCCUACCGUGGUCACACUUUGGAAUAAUCACACUUUUUUUUUUAUGUCACAAACAACCCUGUGAUGACAUCACAUGAUUGGGAAUGGGGGGUUGCUGGGUGGAAUGAGUACGGCUGUACUCAUUUUUAGUGUGACCAAGAUGAUGUGAAAUAUUUUGUAAUGGAUAAAUGCCUAAAAGAUGCAUAUUUAUUAGUGCUAGCACAUGACGCAUUUAUAAUUGUUGAUCACAUAAGUUUUGGUGAUUGCACUCCAGCCACGCAAAUAAAUUUCCAUUUUUUUUUUUUAAAUCAAAUCCAUAAUUAUAUCUAAAAGUUUCAACGCCAAAGAUCCAGAACUAUUUGAGGCCAAACUCGAUGUGUAUUGUUGGAUUCCCUCCCCAACCAUAACCACAGCGCUGUGAAUAUCAAAAAUAUAUAUAUAAAUAGUGAAGUCAGUUCUGUCCCAACCGCACAGAUGUAAGGAGCCGUCUAUUCUGUCUAGUAUUUGGACAACAGGCCUUAAACCAGAAUGUUGCAUUUUCGUAUGAAAUGACGUGCCUUUAGUGUUAUGAAGCAGUCCACACUUCAGUUGGGAGUGUUUACCCGUUAAUCCGAUGGGCUGUCGGCUACUGGCUGGGCCAUCGAAGGGGGCCAGAAUGGGUACUUCUAAUGGAAGAUUGCAUGCAUUAGUGUUUUUUGCCAUUUUUAGAGCUGUGUCAGUGUUUUGUAGGGUGUAUUUGUAAGCUUGAUAGAUAUUCCUCCUGUGCUUGUGAUGUUUAGAUCUAGGCAGGCCUCUUUCCGACCAAAAGUAUCUCCCCCAUAUUUUGGCACAACUCUGUAGUUGACUGCUGUUAAAUAUUCCAUUGUUUCUGCAACAUUGUUCUCAAAGCGUAUAUGAAUUUAAGAGCACACCCCUUUUACCAAUGCACAAACCUGACCACAACCGUGUAAAUGGGGCCCCGGGUUUCCUGCCUUACAGAGUAGGAUCCUGAAUGUGUUGAGUUUAGGAAACAUUACAUUUUUUUAGACGUGUUAUCUAGUUGUGUUAAGCUUGUGAUGUUAGUUCUGAGAGCAGAUUCUUUGCCAUUACGGGUCUAUUUAAAAAAGGCUUAUUCACCAUCCUUGUUUGAGGCCUGUUUAGUCAUUAAAAACGUGAUAAUCUUAGUAAAUUAAGUUCUUUAAAUUAUUUUAACAUAUUUAUAGAGGACUUCAAGUUGUAUCAAGGUUAAGUUUAAUAUAUUUGGGAUUUUCUUAUGCUUUUUGUACCAGAAAUAAAGUUUUUUUUCUUUU